AUGGCGCCCAGCUACGACAACCUGCCCGUCGACGACGACUUCGACGAGAAUGAGAUCGACUUUUCCGACCUGAAAGCCCAGUAUGAGGUGCGCCUGGAGGAGGGUUUGGACGCGUUCGUCGUCAUCGACGGCCUGCCCGUCGUGCCCGAGGCCAGCCACGAAAAGCUCAUCAAGUUCCUGCUGCGCAAGCUCAACACCGUCGGUCGCGCUUCGCAAGAGAGCGUCUUCAUGCCCAUGAAUGACGAGGGCAUGUCCGAAGGAUAUGCCUUUGUCGAAUUCGGCGCCCCUAGCGAGGCCGUUGCCGCCGUCAAGGCCCUGAAUGGCACCCCGCUGGAUAAGAAGCACACCCUGCUCGUCAACAAGCUGACCGACAUCGAGCGCUUCGGCCGCGAGGGCCGCAUCGAAGAGGAGUACAAGGAGCCGCACAUCGAGCCUUUCCAGGAAAAGGAGCACCUGCGCUCAUGGCUGUCCGACCCGCGUGACCAGAUUGCCAUGUAUCGCGACAAGAAGGUGGGCGUUUUCUGGCACGAGAAGGAGGAUGCCCCGGAUCCUGUCGUCGACCGCGAGCACUGGACCGAGCUCUUCGUCGAGUGGUCGCCGCUCGGCACCUACCUCAUGUCCGUCCACGACCAGGGUGUCCAGCUGUGGGGUGGCAAGUCGUGGAGCAGGCAGAAGCGCUUCGCCCACCCGGGCGUGAAGCUGGUCAACUUCUCGCCCGGUGAGAGGUAUCUCGUCACCUGGUCGCCCCAGCCGCUGCAGGUCGACGAGACCCGUCCCAUCCCCAACUUGUCCGCCGACGAGGACGGCAAGAACUACAUCAUCUGGGACAUCGCAACUGGCAAGCCGCUCCGUUCCUUUGUUACCAUCGACCUCCCUCCCUCGACCGACGAGAACGGUCAGCCCGUCAAGAAGAAGCUCCAGUGGCCUACUUUCAAGUGGUCUGCCGAUGACAAGUACGUUGCGCGUAUGACUCAGGGCCAGUCCAUUGCCAUCUACGAGCUCCCCCGGAUGAACAUGCUCGACAAGACCUCUAUCAAGAUUGAUGGUGUUAUGGACUUUGAGUGGGCCCCGGCCACCCCUCAGCGUGAAGGCAUCAAGGCGUACGAGCAGCUUCUCUGCUACUGGACUCCCGAGCUCGGCAGCGCUCCUGCCAAGGUUGGUCUCAUGUCCAUUCCUUCCAAGGAAAUUGUGCGGACGCGGAACCUGUUCAACGUUGCGGACGCGAAGCUCCACUGGCAGUCGGAUGCCGCCUACGUUUGCGUCAAGGUUGAUAUCCAGAAGACCAAGUCGCGGAAGUCCAUGACCACGAACCUCGAGAUUUUCCGCAUCAAGGAGAAGGGAGUUCCCGUUGAAGUCAUCGAUUCCGUAAAGGAGACCGUCAUCAACUUUGCUUGGGAACCGAAGGGCAACCGUUUCUGUCUCAUCACCACCGGUGAGCUCCCCACCGGCCCUGCGGCACCGAAGACCUCCGUCUCUUUCUUCGCUCCCGAGAAGACCAAGGGCAAUACCGUCGGUAACUUCAAGCACGUCCGCACCCUUGACAGGAAGUCCAGCAACGGCAUUUACUGGUCACCGAAGGGUCGUUUUGUCGUCAUUGCCACCCUCGGAUCCCAGGCCACCUUCGAUCUUGACUUCUGGGACCUGGACUACGAAGGCGCUCCGGACGAGGCCACCAAGGACAUCAACGCUAACCUGCAGCUCAUGGCUUCUGGUGAGCACUACGGCAUUACGAGCGUCGAGUGGGACCCCUCCGGACGUUACGUCGCGACUGUUUCAUCCGCGUUCAUGCACCCCAUGGAAAACGGCUACAAGGUCUGGGACUUCAAGGGCCAGCUCCUGCGCGAGGAGCAGAUUGAGCGGUUCAAGCAGUUCGUGUGGAGGCCACGCCCGCCGACGCUCCUCAGCAAGGAGGAGCAGAAGAAGAUCCGCAAGAACCUGCGCGAGUACAGCAAGAUCUUCGAAGAGCAGGACUUCGAGAAGAAGAACACGGCCAACCGCGCCGUGGUCGAGAAGCGCCGCCGCCAGCUCGAGGAGUGGGUCGCGUGGCGCGAGCGCGUCAUCGAGCAGCUCAAGGAGGAGCACAUCGAGAUCCCCAGCGAGACGGCCGAGGGCGUCGCCGAGGCCGAGGGCGGCGAGGUCAUCGAGGAGGUCGUCGAGGAGAUCAUCGAGGAGACCGAGGAGGUCGUUUCUUAG